UAGAAAAAAAGGUAUUCGAUAUGCAUGCAGUACUGAAUUUUGUUAUAUAAUUUUACUUGACAAUGGAAAACAAAAUAAUUUAGAAGAUUAUUUAAAAGAUUAGAGACCCUUAAGCUGCUGGCGACGGAAAAAUUCAGAUGCAGCGGGAUGACUGAAACAGUAAUACUUGAACCAAAUGUCGAAAAACUAACAAGAGACCUUACUAGAUUGGGUGACGAUAGAUAUCCUAGGCUGGUCCUCUCUAUAAUCGGGGAUUCUAGCAGCUUUGUGCCUAAACCAUGGCUUACACCUGUGUUUCAGUUAGGUUUGACUGAAACAGCAAAAGGGGCAAAAGAUUGUUUGGUCAUAUACAAAGGAUCAACAGAGAAAGUGAGCAAUUUAGUGUGGGAAGCAAUUGACGAUUUCUGUGUCUUAAAUGAAGGCAACAGUGACAAGUCAAACAUAACUCUAGUGGGUCUGCGACGGAACGAACCAAACGUACAGGACAGAGUUAACGUUGAAAAUGCAGCAAGCCAUAGAACAGAUUUGGUGGAAGAAAAGUAUUAUAAACUGAACUUUCAAAACUCUGACGAAUACAAAAUCUUUCAUGCAGAUCUUUUAGAAAGUAUUGCUAAGGAGUAUGUUCCAUUUGUUGAACUUGGAAAUGACUUGAAAAUAAAGAUCCCGGUGUUGGUAAUAGUGGCUGAAGGAGAUUUAUCUACUUUGGAUCACGUGGUGAAGGUUUUAAAACGAGGUGUACCUGUUUUAGUUUUAAAAGGAUCUGGUAAGGCUGCUGACCUAAUUGCAGAAUGUAUCGACAACAUUGAUUCCAUCGAAAUAAGAGCACCGCUACUUUUUGGAAUUUAUUUCCAAAAAGACGAUUUUAAAAGAGUUAAGAAUUAUAUAACAGAAAUAGAAAAGAAUAGACAUUUUGUAAACAUAUUCGACUUAGACCAGCAAGACGAGACAGAAUUUUCUAACGUAGUUGUGACGUCGAUUAUAAGAGCAUGGGCUCAAGGUCAGAAAAAUAACGAUGAAAGACCAGUGAAAUCUGCUAUACCAAUGUCGAGAAACAGACGCUAUGCCAAAGAUACACCCAAUGAGGAAAACUAUGAGAACCUAGACCAAGAGUUAUACCAUGAUUCUGAAUACGGAAUUAGUCCUAUACUUGUAAAAUCAUAUGAUACUGCUGGUCCGAAAAGGAAAUUUCCAUAUAAUGGCAUAAAACCGGUGUCUACAGUCACGUGUAAUAACAUGAAUGUUACUGGUGAAGUGAAAGAGUUUAUGCAGCGUUACCAAACAUCCCUGACUCCAGCCUCUUUGCCACUAUACUUCUACAUAGCAUACCAGUUCAUUCAGGAAAUGCCUGUCAGUGAUAACGACUUUAAAACAGAGAACUUCGAGAUUCUCCUAAAACAAGCAAUUAUCGCUAACCGAGUUGACUACGUAAAGGUCUUACUUCAAGAGGAGAAAGUAAAAUUUGACAGACAACAGUUUCCAUAUUUAUAUGUUCAGACAAUAAAAUGCAGCUGUCCAAAUGAUGGUGACUGUCAACAUAUCUGGUCUAUACUAAUGGGAUCGUCAAUUUCUGCAACAGAAAAGUUACUCAAAGAUAGAAAAAUUAUUACACUCAGGAAGAAUAAUGAGCAGGUUGUGAAGAAUUACCAAAAGUGUAUUCAGUCCGGCAGACAGCUAUGUCAAAAGUUCUUGCAUUACCCACGAAGAUUUUACAGCAAAACAGAACUCCGAGUUGACAAGGAUAAUGCAGAAACACAGAGAAAAGAAAUUUACCAUGACCUACUGAUAUGGGCAUUGUUUGCAAAUAGACAAGAAUUAGCUACUUUGUUCUGGAUUAAAUGUAACAAUCAGUUGUUAACAGCUAUUUUGGCAAGCUGUGUAUUGAAAAGAAUGGCAGAAAAGGCAAAAAGCGGAAAAGAUCAAUUCUUGCACGAUUCAAUCAAAGAACAUUCCAGGCUUUUUGAAAAACGAGCUAUUGAUUUACAAAGAAAACUUUAUGAGGAGGAACCGGAAGUAGCAAUGGAUCUGAUUUUAACGGAACAAACUGUAUGGAAUAUAAAAGUCAGUCCAUUGGAAUGUGCAUUUGACAACGCUAUGCUUGACUUUAUUGCAUACAGCUGCGCACAAAGACGUCUUAACAAAAUAUGGUACCGGGAAAUAGGCGCAAAUCUUGAAGAUUUCUGGUGGAACGGAUUCAUUUAUGGUUGCCAGCGUGAUAAAAGAGUUAAUAAAAGUAAUAUACGGCUUUUCAGAUUUUUUUCAGCGCCACUAACCAGGUUUUUAAUACACUAUGUAUUUUUUGUUGCUGCAAUGGUCUGUUAUAGUGCUUUCCUACUUACUCAACUAUCAGCUUUUGAGAACAUUGGUUCCAUUCAGGUGUAUGAGUGGUUGGUUUACAUAUGGUUACUAGGUGAUAUUCUAGAGGAAUAUAGAGGAAUUUUGCCUUGGAAUACUGACAUCAUCAAGAGUAGAUUUACAAAAGAGGAGGAGAAAGACAACCCAUUGAGUCUGUCCGUGAACUACAGGGUGACACGAUAUUUUUACGACUUUUGGAAUUCUCUUGACUUCAUAUCGUACUGGAUAACACUUGUAGCCAUGUCAGUUCGAUUUACUUAUAAUGAUGAUAUCAACGGCAUUUUAUCUAGACGAUUUUACAGUCUUAGUUUAUUCACAGUGUAUAUGAGGUUUCUUCAUUCAAUUUUGAUGUCCAGAAAAUUAGGACCAAAGAUUAUUAUGAUAAAGGAAAUGCUUAAAGACCUAUUUAGAUUUAUCGGUAUUUUGUUUGUCUUUAUGAUGGGUGUCGGUGUGUUGUAUCAUGCUAAUAUGUACCCAGCGCACUAUGAUAUGUGGAAUACAAAUGAUUGGACUUACUGGAGGAUCUGGAAGAUUAUGUACAUUCCGUACUGGCAGAUUUAUGGAGAAAUUUUCUUGGAUACAUUAGAAGCAAAUAAUCAUGAUAAUGAAUCGUGUACUUCAAACCAAAGUUUGUGGGAGAGUAAUCCUGGUGAGAUGGAGAGAUGCAAUGAGUAUGACUGGGUUCUGAUCGUCAUUGCUGCCUUGUAUAUGCUCAUAUCUAACCUGUUGUUGGUUAAUCUUGUCAUUGCUCUGUUUAGUUACCGUUUUGAGAUUGUGCAAGCUAAUUCUGAGAAAUUGUGGAGAUAUUGGAGAUAUGCUGUCAUUAUGGAUUAUCGUACCAGAGUUCCAGCUCCUCUCAAUUUGAUUAUCAGACCCUUUAUGAUGAUUGCAAAGUGCUUCAAACGUUGUAAAGAGAGUUGUGAUCCAGAGUCUAAAAAGGAGGCACAAGAACGAGAAAUCAAACGGAUGGAACGAUUACAGGAUAUAUGUGCAAACAAAUGCAUCCGUAAAAUAAAAACAUAGUAUUUAUACCAUAUGUCAAUAUAGUCGUUCGUACGAAGAUAACUUCAGUCGUUCUAUUUUCAUUGAAUAUGAACAAGUGUGAGUCAAACCUUUUGGUAAUACGCACUUUGUUUCAACAUUUUAAGUUCCAAAUAGAAGUCAAAAGUAAAGUUCAAAAUUGGUAGAUCCUUUCAAUUGUAUUAGUAUAAUUGUACAAAUGACAAUAAUUUGUUAUCAGUUGGUUUUCAGUCUGCUUCUUUUCUAAAUAUAAUAAACAUACUGAGUUAG